AUGGCUGAUCAGAGUCAAAACCCAGGAACUCCUGGUACUAAUAAUCAAUAUCCAAACUGGCCUCAGCCAAUAAACUGGUCUUAUGGAAAUUUUACGGGACCUCAAAUGUAUAAUAUGAAUGCGUUUUAUGGGGCACAAUGCUAUAAUCCGCAAGGAUUUCAAAGUUUUCCCAGUCAAUCGUUAAAUUUUAACUUUAAACCAUUCGUUCAUGGAGGCACACUAGAAACUGCCGCUGUUUCACAAGAAAAUUCUCCUCCUCUACCAAAUGGGCCAGCUCCUUCACAACCCCCUCCACCUCAAUUUGAUAGUGAUGAUUUAGAUAAACUUCCACCUCUACCACCUGGUUCUCCACCACCAGUUCCUGGAAUAUGUGAUGUACCUCUACCACCUCAACCAAAUAUAUCAUCCUUACCUCCAAUGCCUCAAACCAAAAAUGGUAGAAAAAAAUGGAGAAAAAAACAAAGGAACUUAAUGGAGGCAGCUAUGGCUAACCAAUCUGCACAAAUUGCCCCUCCUAUAUAUCCUAUAAUAAAUUUUGUUCCUCCUGUUCCUAUUUCACAACCUCCUCCUACUCCAAAACAAACAAUAUCAAAUUCUUUAUUUUCUUUUACUCCUAUAGUUCCCAGCAAACCUCCACCUCAACAACCGACACCACCUAAAGAAAUCCAACCUGUUCAAAAAAAACAAAAUACCUUUGACUUGCCUGAUAAUUGUCCAACUAGUUUGAGAGAGUAUAUUAAAAAAUGUCAAGAUAAAUGUAUAAAUAAAAUAGACAGAGAUAGAAUGGAUAUAAUUUUAAAAGGAAAAUUGACCAAUGCAAAUCAUGAUGGGUCAUUAUGGAUUAAAGACUGGUCAAAAGAACCAAUGCCAAUGUUAUUAAGUGAAAAUAUUACAAUUAACCAAAAUCAAGAAAAUGGUAAAAAUAAAAAUUCUAUCAUCAAAAUUGCAUUCAAAAAAUCUACAAAUAACUAUGUAAACUGCUACUUUACUUCAAAAUUCAAAUCUUGUUUGUCUCCUUCAUCAAAUAGUUCUAAUGAGUCUUAUACUGACAAUAAAAAGAAAAACAGUCCAUUACGUGAAAACAAAAGACAAAAUAGUGAUGAUUUUAUUCCUCUUAAUGUCAGUAGUGAUGAAAGUAAUAGCAAAAAAAGUAGAUAUACUUAUAAGAAUAAAAAAUUAUAUAAUGAAGAUGCUCAUAUAUAUCAACAAUAUGGUUCUAUAAAUAAUAAGCCAAAUUAUGAUAAACAAUUGUUGACCAAGCGUGCGGCACGUUUUUCAUCCCAAGGAAGUCCAAAAAAAAAGCCUCGUCAAAUAUUAAAAAAUGAUUAUCAUACACAAAAGUUAUCUUCCCUGGAUGAUGAUGAAUUUCAUAUAGACUCUUGCCAUAUUGUCGGAACAUGCAUCGAUUUAGAAAAAAAAUAUUUAAGAUUGACUGCAGCACCAGACGCCGACGCUGUAAGACCACUAAGGAUUUUAGUAAAUUCAUUACAACAUGUUAAAUCCAAAUGGAUGAGUAAUAGUGACUAUCUUUUUGCAUGUGAUCAAUUGAAGUCAAUUCGACAAGACUUGACAGUACAAGGUAUUAGGGAUCCAUUUACAGUUGAAGUAUAUGAAACACAUGCUAGGAUAGCUUUAGAAAAAAGUGAUAUGGGAGAAUUCAAUCAAUGUCAGACUCAGUUGUGUGAUUUGUAUGAAGAGUUAAAAGAUAACCCUGCUGCUCAAAAACAUAGAAAUGAAUUCCUCUGUUAUAGUAUAUUGUAUUGUAUAUACACAAGAGCUUUAUGUGAAUUAAACAAUGUUGUAUUGUAUAUUAAGGAGUCAAAAAUCAAAGACAAGUGUGUAGAUUUUGCAUUGAAAAUCAAAGAUGCUUGGUGGUUGGGAAACCAUGUUCAGCUAUUUUCUUUGUACAAAACUGCUCCUAAAAUGGCCUCAUACUUAAUGGAUAUGUUUUUGGCUAGAGAGCGCAAUAACUUCUAUUUGGCUAUUGCCAAGUCUUACCGUCCAACUAUUCCAAUCUCGACCAUUCAAGAUCAAAUGGCAUUCGAUAAGCGUGAGGAUUGUUUGGCUUUUCUUAAGGCUGCAGGCGCUGUAUUUACUUCCAAUAACGAGAACAUCGACUGCAAAGCAAGCUGCGGUUCGACCGAAGCUUGA